GUUUUGUUUACCGGGCCGAGCCUCAGAACCCUGUUAGCAGCAGCUAGCUGGUUCUGAGAGCGGUUGUUUGGGCCGCUGGUUCCGCUCAGUGAGGAGUGUGAUGMUGGUUUCAUUCAUUACCUGCAGCUGCUGCACACCUGCACCUGUUCAACCAUUAUGACCACUGACAGGACAGCUGAGUUUUGGACCAGGACCGUAGAGGUUCUGGACUCUGCUCCAUCAGCUGGAGCCAGAACCCACCUGAGACCCUGAGGAGACCACAGGUGUUCUGGAGGAGAUUCUAGAUGUUUCCAUCAUCUGAUUGGUUCACAUCUGGAGGACAUAUGGACACAGAGGAGGGACAACAUCAGGACAUUUUGUCUCCAUCUCUAACUUCUUCUCUGUUUCCUCAGAAUGGGAGGUGUUCUGGCUGCCAGCCCCCCAGCUCCACCCCCCGGCGCCGGCAGCUCCGCCUCCCUGGGGCUGACGGUGCCGCCGGGCUUCGGGACGCCUUCGGUGUCCUCUGUUGUCCCCCCGACCGGAGAGACCAAAGAGACCCCGAGGCGUCAACUGGAGGCGGAGACACCUCUAAUCAACCCCGGCGCGUUCGACGAGUGCCACCGUAAAUGUAAAGAUGUGUUUCCUCUGCAGAUGGAUGGAGUCAGAGUCGUCGUGAACAAAGGCCUCAGUAACCACUUCCAGGUGAACCACUCGUUGCUGCUCAGCACCUCCGGAGAGUCCAGCUACAGGUUCGGAGCCACGUUUGUUGGGUCCAAACAGACGGGCCCAGCAGAGUUCUUUCCAGUCAUGGUGGGAGACAUGGACAGCAGCGGCAGCCUCAACGCUCAGAUCAUCCACCAGCUCACCGCCGGGCUCCGCUCCAAGCUGGCCUUCCAGACUCAACAACACAAGUUUGUGAACUGGCAGGGAGACGCCGAGUUCAGAGGAAAAGAUUUUACUGCCACUGUGACCAUCGGAAACCCAGACGUCCUCGCCGGUUCUGGUAUCAUCGUGGCUCAUUACCUUCAGUCCGUGACGCCGGCUGUGGCCCUGGGGGCGGAGCUUGUUUACCACCGGCGGCCGGGGGAGGAGGGAGCUGUCACCUCAUUGGUCGGCAGGUACACAGGCAGUAACUACGUUGCCACGCUAACCGUGGGCUCGGCGGGGGCUCACGCGUCGUACUACCACAAAGCCAGCGAUCAGCUGCAGGUGGGUGUGGAGCUGGAGGCCAGCACUCGGCUGCAGGACACCAGCGUUUCCUUCGGCUACCAGCUGGACGUCCCCAAAGCUAACCUGCUGUUCAAAGGUUCGGUCGACAGUAACUGGGUGGUCGGCGCCACGUUGGAGAAGAAGCUCCUCCCCCUGCCGCUCUCCCUGCUCCUCUGCUCCUUCCUGAACCACCGGAAGAACAAGGUGCAGGUCGGCUUUGGCAUCACGGUGGGUUAGAGCGGCGGCUCCUCCUUUCCACUUCCUGUUUGACCCGUGACACUUCCUGUUUGACCCGUGAGUGAGGUCAGAGGUCAGGGGUCAGGGGUCAGCGUCUGCUCGCUUCAUGUUCGUUUAUAAUCUGAGUGAAAUCUGCUUCAUGUGCAGAAAAUAAAGUCAAAUAAAAUCAGAUUUGAUUGUUUGUUCGAGCAGCUGGUUUUGUUUAUAUUUUAAAUGUAACUAAAAUAUCUGUAAAAUACGUCUAAAACAAAAACAUUUCUUAUAAAAUCUGCUGCUUUUUGGUUUUCCUUCAUUAAAAACUGACUUUAAAAGAAA